GUAUAGCUGAAAGUUGUGGAGUUCUUCCUCCUCCCGCAGUUUGUUUCAUCAGCCACGUUACUCCACAUCCAGCCGGCAGAAAGAGUUUCACUCCAGAGUUUCAGGAAGAUGGGAGACCCUUUAACCGAGUACACAGCCCGACUGCAGCAGCAGGAGCAGGAGAUCCGGAGUCUCUCUGCAGAGAUUGAGAGUCUAAAAAACCCUCAGAACAUGAAUUCAUCUGCGCUUUUGGAUGAGCUGCGGGAUGAAAACACCAAGCUGAAGUACCGCCUCAACAUCCUGAAGAGGGGCCUGCAGGAGGAGAGGACUCACUGCGGUCAGUCCAUGAUGAACAUCAACCAGCGGCUCCAGGAGAUUUUCGGCGAGGCCAUCCGGGCUUCCUGCCCCGAGCUGGACAACCCUCCCCUGGCUGUCACGCCCAAUCAGCAGGCCAAGUUCGGAGACUACCAGUGCAACAGUGCCAUGGCCAUGGCCCAGAUGCUGAAGGCAAAGGGAUGUAAAAUCAACCCGAGGGAAAUCGCAGAGAAGAUCAUCCAGAACCUUCCAGACAACGAACUCAUCCAGAGAACUGAAAUCGCGGGACCAGGGUUCAUCAACAUCCACCUGAAGAGGGCGUUUGUGUCCAGGCUGUUGAGCAACCUGCUAAUGAACGGAGUGAAGCCCCCCCCACUGGCCUCCAAGAAGAAGGUGGUGGUGGACUUCUCCUCUCCCAACAUUGCCAAAGAGAUGCACGUGGGCCACCUGCGCUCCACCAUCAUCGGGGAAAGCACGUGUCGGCUGUUUGAGUUUCUGGGCUACGAUGUUCUCAGGUUGAACCACGUGGGAGACUGGGGGACACAGUUUGGGAUGCUGAUUGCCCACCUGCAGGAUAAAUUCCCAGACUACCUAACUGUCUCCCCGCCCAUCGGCGACCUGCAGGCCUUCUACAAAGAGUCGAAAAAGCGUUUUGACGAGGAGGAGGACUUUAAGAAGCGAGCCUAUCAGUGUGUUGUCAAACUGCAGAGCAAAGAGCCCGACUUCAUUAAAGGCUGGAACCUCAUCUGUGAUGUUUCCCGUAAAGAGUUUCAGAAGGUUUAUGACUGCCUGGACAUCACGAUCAUCGAGAGAGGAGAGUCAUUCUACCAGGACAUGAUGACAAAGGUGGUGAAGGAGAUUGAGGAGAAAGGCUUUGUACAGCUGGACGAGGGUCGUAAGAUCGUCUUCGCCCCGGGUCAGUCCAUCCCCCUGACCGUCGUCAAGUCUGACGGCGGCUACACCUACGACACGUCGGACCUCGCAGCCCUGCACCAGCGAAUCUUUGAGGAGAAAGCCGACAUCAUCAUCUACAUCACUGACAGCGGACAGGGCACACACUUCCAGGUGGUCUUUGCUGCGGCUCAGAUGAUUGGCUGGUACAACCCCCAGGUGACCCGGGUGGAGCACGCAGGCUUUGGAGUGGUGCUGGGGGAAGACAAGAAGAAGUUUAAGACCCGAUCUGGAGACACAGUGAGGCUGAUGGACCUGCUGGAGGAGGGACUGAAGAGGUCCAUGGACAAACUGAAAGAGAAGGAGAGAGACAAGGUUCUGACCCCAGAGGAGCUGAUCAAAGCCCAGAGGUCCGUCGCUUUUGGCUGCAUCAAAUACGCCGACCUCUCCCACAACCGCAUCAACGACUACGUCUUCUCGUUUGACAAGAUGCUGGAUGACCGGGGCAACACGGCGGCGUACCUCCUCUACGCCUUUACCCGCAUCAGAUCUAUAGCUCGUCUGGCGAACAUUGACGAGGCCACUCUGAGGAAAGCGGCGGAGACCACGGAGGUCCUGCUGGACCACGAGAAGGAGUGGAAGCUGGGGAAGUGCAUCCUCCGUUUCCCAGAGAUCCUGCAGAAGAUCCUGGACGACCUGCUGCUCCACACGCUCUGCGACUACCUGUACGAGCUCGCCACCACCUUCACCGAGUUCUACGACAGCUGCUACUGCGUGGAGAAGGACAGACAGACAGGUGAGGUGGUGAAGGUCAACAUGUGGAGGAUGCUGCUCUGUGAAGCCACAGCGACCAUCAUGGCCAAAUGCUUUGACAUCCUGGGCAUCAACCCCGUCGAGAGGAUGUGAUGUCACAGGGUGUGAUGUCACAGCGAUCCACCCCUUAUCCGCCUUUUCCCUUCUGCAUCCAAGUUCACCAGAAUUCCAGAACAGGACCAGGAGAAGAAGUGAUGGGUCUCUUUCACUCACGUCGAAGCCAAAACUCUCUUUAAGAAAUCAUUUCCACAGUUAUUAUAUCCAACCUGGGAGGAAAAACCUCUGUUCAGUCCGUUAAUUACAACAUCUCAUGUGAAGUUUUCUUUUUUAUUAAAGAACCAGUAUGACACCAAAACAUCA